AUGGUUGACGAAGAAUUGGAGAACCUUAUGCCUUCUGAGUCUGAAAUACCAGACUCUACACCAGAAUACAUACCUUCUUCUUCUCAUAAUCAAAAGAUCAAGGUAAAGUUCUUAAUAGCAUCAAGAUGGAAGGUCCGAGAGUACUCUGCAGAGUUCUGGUUACAUCCAUCCACUACCUUAUUCGAAGCUUGUAAUACUGCCAAUAGGCAACUCGCAUAUGAUUUGAAUGCUUCGAGUGAGUCCUCCAACAGAAAAUUAGCCAGUGGUUUAAAGGCGACAACGUGUGAUGUGGUGUUCAUCAGGCCACGGGUUUUGGCUGGUGAUCUUAACCAAACGAUAGGCGAGGUAGUCACCGACCAGUUCUUGUGCUUUUCAAACUCAAUUGAUUGUUUCCGAAUUCAAGAUAUGUCUGAAUGGGUGGUGGCUCUUCAGAUUAUGGGUGGACUGCUCGGUCUUAUUUUUUUCAGUUUUAUAUUUGCUGGUUUAUGGUAUAAGUACUUUGGAGAGAAGUGA